AUGAGUCGGUCCAUUGAAUGGGGCCCCGCGCAGCUGAUGCGUAUGUUUCGGGGAUCCAGCGGUAGAAUAAGUGUGACCAAGUUCAGCUCUCAAUAUUGCGAGAUAAAAUCCAUCUUUGACAGUCUGCGACCGCCUGCGAUCACCCCGGCCAUGAAGGCAGGCACCGAAAUGCACCAGGUUCUCGAGGAAAGCGUUAUGGGCCCUCCCGUUGAGUUCACCGAAGAAGCUGCGAUGGAGUUUUCUGCAGAAGACGCCCAUGCCUUGCGUCUGGGCGACGUCGUCAGUCGGUGGAGGCAUUUGGUGGAUACGAGUAAAGCAAGAGAGAUCUCCGUGUAUGGAACAAUCAGAGGAAUUCAGCUCAAGGGGGUGAUUGAUGAAGCGGCAAUUGACGAAAAAUCCCGCAUCCACCUCGUCGAUACCAAGACAUACGCUGGUGAUCUCGCCGUGUACAAACAGCGCCUAGCCUACCACCAAUUACUGGUUUAUUACGAGCUGAUGGGCCAAAUGAUCAAAGGCAAAGUCGACAUCGAUCAGUUGGCCCACGAAAAGGCCAAAAAAUGCGAUUUCCUCGUCCCGCUUCACCGGGAUAUUCAGGCGGCUUGGGGAUACGGCACUCUGCAAGAGAUGAUGGACGGCUGGAAAGACUCUCUGAACAAAUUGUCCAGCGGUAGCAUGGCUGAGGAGGUCCGUGCGGACUUUAUUGACCGACGAAAUCACAAUACCGACCAGAUCGAGUUCAAACAUGACGUAGACACGGCCGAGCAGCUGUUUGCAUUUCGCUCGGAGCUGCUGUCUGGCCAAAGACCGCCUCUUCCCUUGAGCCGCAGUGUCGGAUCUUGUCGAUUCUGUCCCCAUUUUGCCGACUGCUCGGAGCGCCAACAUUAA